GUGAAAUUCUGAUCAGCAGCAGAUGUGUGUGAGACACGGAGAGAGAGACAGACGGGGGUUUAAAAAAAAAAAAAGAGUGUGAUUUUAUGCUGUUUGUUGCAUGUAAACCUGCAGAAGAAGCUGAAAAGUUCAGAAAACUGAAGAGAACUCCAGAUUAUCAAACCCCGACACACGAUGGAUAACGACUGUUAUGUCCUCAGUAUCCCUGUCCCGAUGAUGCGGCAUGGAGGCUCUGACUCGAACCUUUACUGUUCGAGCAACCUGCAGCAGAAGAUCCUGAAGACAAAGGAGCAGCUGAGGGUGGAGCAAAUGGAGCACGAUGACAACGUGGCUGAGUUCCUCAAGCUGGUCAAUAUGGCCGAUAAGCACCAGGUUCCAAGAAUCCAACAAGUGUUUGAGAAGAAGAACCAGAAAACGGUGGACAACAUUAACCAGUUACAGAAGAAGCUGGAGCAGUACUACAGACGCAUGAAGGAGAGCGAGAACAACAAUGGCUCCUCCAAGAACAGCAGCCCGAAAGACGCCGCUAAAGAGCAGACCAAGGACGUGUCUAAGGACACUCUGAAGGAUGUGAGUGGCAGCGGGCGCCAUCACUGCCUGGACAAGUUAAAACCCAGUGCGCCGACAGUGUUACUCACACCACCGUCCUUCUUCAACAAGCCCAGAGAGUUUGCUAAUCUAAUCCGCAACAAAUUCGGCAGCGCAGACAACAUCACACAGCUCAAGACCUCGCUGGACGAAGGUGGAGGCAGGAUGCUGAGCGGGAGUGCCACCAUCGUCGGCCAAUCAAAGUUCCACAGUGAUGACGAUGAGUGCUCCACGGGAACCUCUGCUUCAGUGGAUAGUAACGGAAAGCCUUCCUUCCACAAACACAACCAAAACACCAUCAACAUGGUGCUGGAGGAACUUCAGGAGAUCUGUCAGUCCCAAAUCCAACUUGCUGAAGACAUGGAGGUUCUGAAAGUGAACCUGAGUACACAUGACCUCCUCACACAGCAGCUCGAGGACGAGAGAGACAGGGCGGAGCGUCUGGAGGAGCAGCUCAACGAUCUGGUUGAACUUCAUCAGAAUGAGAUGGCAAAUCUGAAGCAGGAGUUGGCCAGCAUUGAGGAGAAGGUGGCUUAUCAGGCUAAUGAGAGGGCCAGAGACCUGCAGGAGAUGCUGGAGUCGUGUAACUCUCGGCUGUGUAAAUUGGAGCAGCAGGUGCAGGUGGUUCAGGUGGAGACUGAAGGUGUGUUUGGCCGUAAGCUCCUCGCUAAAAUCAUUAGCGUGCUACUUGCAGUCAUCAUGCUGAUGUUGGUGUGUGUUUCCACGGCGACACGCUGCAUCAUGACCGGCAUUCGGAGCCGUACACACCUGCUGGUGACGGCGUUCAGCACAGUGCUGAUUGCUCUGGUCUGGAGGAGCUACGAGAGACUCGGCACGAACGCAGAACUGCAGAUCUGAACCAGACACCUAGAUACAGAACUGGACCUGAAACUGAACCCGGAACUCCUCCCUUAAUCCUGGACCCUGAACCCUCAUACUGAUCUUUAAGAGCGUUCUCGUUCCUUUCGCUCAGUUUGUCAACUCUGAGUCACAGUGAGAUGAUUUUAUUUAUUUAAUUUUUUAAAUAUUUGAUUCUGUUUGGUUUCACGCUGCACUUAAUAAUUAAAAAAAAAAGUUGCCAGAGGGGGUGGGGCUUAAAACAGGAAAAAAAAUAAAAUAAAAUUACACUUUGUACUGGUCAAAGAAAUCUAAACAACUUUUUACCAAAUGAAAACACAUUUUGCACAGAUUAGCUCAGUUGCUCAGCUGAUUUACAGUCGGAUCACUUUCUCACCAGAACACUUUGCUCAGUUGCUCUCGGAUCUGAGUGCGAUCGCUCGAGUGUGUUCUCACCUGUGUAAAGAACCACGCCGACGGAGAGAACACACCAGGGUUCGGUUCAAACACACUAAAAACUGUGUAUGUGAAAGUACACUAACUCAUCACUGGUACUGCACCUGAACGUCAAUCCUGAACCUGAACACUGCGAAUGGAGAAAUAUUUUUCCUCAUUGUUGAAAUCAGAUUUUUUUUUUUUAGUUGCUGCACAAAGUUUUUUUUUUUUUUUUAACUUGAUUUUGAAUUUCAUAUAGACAACAGGAUUUGUGUUCUCACUUCCUUUCACUGUAUUCCUUCUUAUAAAUCUGUGAAUCAGGGUGUCAGUAUUUACGGUUUAAAUAGUUAUGAUUUUUGACCUGUUCCUACAGUGAUGCAGGAAGAGACACUUUUUUUUUUUUUUUCCCUACUUUUUCAGAGAAAACAGUCGUCAGAACAAAGGUGACUAAAGUUCUGCUGAUUAACUGAAAGGGAAAUGACCCGGCACUGUGUGAAACACUCUUGUGGUUACUUUCACUUUGCACCAACUUCAUCUCUGACCUUUGACCUGUGAAUUGAGAACCUCAGACUCGUGAGCCGAUAGAAACCAAAAGAACGAGGAUUUUUCAUUUCUUUGUUAUUAAACCGGUUGUUCAGUAAUAAGUGCAGGUAAACUGCAGCUUUUCUUUGGUCAGUAAUGCAAGUUUAAAUCCUGAUUUGAGGAUUUUGUUAAAGUUUGCAUCGUAUUGUUGGAUUAUACAGUAUUUAUGUACUUUAUUGUGAUGUAAAUAUAAUUUCUCAUCUCAUCUCAUUAUCUCUAGCCGCUUUAUCCUGUUCUACAGGGUCGCAGGCGAGCUGGAUCCUAUCCCAGCUGACUACGGGCGAAAGGCGGGGUUCACCCUGGACAAGUCGCCAGGUCAUCACAGGGCUGACACAUAGACACAGACAACCAUUCACACUCACAUUCACACCUACGCUCAAUUUAGACUCACCAGUUAACCUAACCUGCAUGUCUUUGGACUGUGGAGGAAACCGGAGCACCCGGAGGAAACCCACGCGGACACGGGGAGAACAUGCAAACUCCACACAGAAAGGCCCUCGCCGGCCACGGGGCUCGAACCCGGACCUUCUUGCUGUGAGGUGACAGCGCUAACCACUACACCACCGUGCCACCCCGUAAAUAUAAUUUCUGCAGAAAAAUAAUUUACUGCUAACGUUUCUGUUUUAUUAUUCAUGCUCUUGGCAUGGAGCUGUGAUGUACGGUACACUCUCUGGGUGUUUUUGUUUUGUUUUUCAUUUUGGUGGUAACGUUGUUCUGCGGUGCUGUACCGUGUGUUUUGGCUCAGGUUCUAAUGGACUGAACAUCUUUAAUCUUCAGCACUGAAUCUGGUGUUCUUGUGUGAACACAUGGAGCUGUAAUUGCUGUUCCUCACAUACUGUAUAGGGGUGUGUGUGUGUGUGUGUGUGUGUGUGUGUGUGUGUGUGUGUGUGUAUACUGUAUGCAAACUGAGUUUGUUCUUUUCUUAAUACGUUUUUUUUAAAUCAUGGAUGUAAUAAAAGUAAGCAUU